AAAUUUUGAAGGAUACAUAUUAAUUGUUUAUAUACAUAAGAUUAAAUAAUAGUUUAAUCAAGUAGACAUGGGUUGUUGUGAUCCAGAUGAAGAAUCAAAAAGGGAUAUAACUGCAGAAAGGCGAUGUACAGAUGUGUGCUGGUUAUGUUUAUUCAUCGCCUUCUGGUGUUUAAUGGUAAUCGUAGCCGCCUUUUCAUUCGUUUAUGGAAACCCAAUACGACUCAUUAAUGGAUUUGAUUCCUUUGGAAAUACUUGCGGCUCUAAUACCAACAAGAAAAUCGGAAAUUUGGAGUAUUCUGGAUUGGAUACUUCUGAUAAGCCACACUUACUGUUUUUCGACAUUAACGAACUCAGAAAUUCGUUAAAAAUAUGUGUCAAAAAAUGUCCUACGAAGACAUUUCGGAAAGUCGAAGAUUUGGGACAGUAUUACAGACAGACUAAAAUUGGUUAUUGUAACUAUAAUUUCAAUUACGAUGAUUUGAAUAAGCCAAACCAAAAAUGGGGUUCUCAUGUUUUGAGUGCGUCAUACGGUCCUUGCCCUAUGAUGCCUGUUUAUGAAAGUACUGCUGUUUUGAAUCGUUGUGUUCCAAAACCUGUGAAAGAAGUUUCCGAUGCUAUUCUUAGCAAUAUUUAUGGGUUAUUGAAUAAUUGGGAUACGUUAGAAAAAGUGCUGGCUGACUUAUAUACUUCAAAAUAUGUGAUAAUUGGAUUAGUCUUUUUAUCAUUAUUUUUGUCUCUAUUCACAAUUUCCAUACUGCAUAUAAUGGCACAUGUGGUAUCUUACAUCAUAAUGAUUCUCUUCACAAUUAGUAGUAUAGGAGGAACAGCAUUUUUAUGGUAUACAUAUUUCGAUAUUAAACAUAACUUAGAUCAUACCAGACAAAGUAUGUGGUUAUGGGAAUCUGCAAGAAAUGAAGAUGCUUUCUUUUGGUAUUCAAUAGUAGCUACAGUUAUUACAGUGAUUAUUCUAUUGAUUGUUAUUGUAAUGAGAAAGCAAGUGGGAUUUUUAGCUGAUUUAUUCCAAGAAACUGCCAAAUGCUUAGGCCAUAUACCAGCUCUUUUCUUUCAACCAUUGGUAACAUUUGUUGUGCUUCUGAUAUUUUUCAUUUUUUGGAUUUCUGUUGUGUUAUGUUUGGCAACAAGUUAUCAUCCAGAUAUGUCAGGCAUAUCCAUGUCUUUCUCAGAAGACAAAACGACCUUCACAACUGCUGGUACUGUAUCAAUUACCACAGAAAAACCUAUGGGAAACUUGUCAUUUGCUGACAAAGUCAAAAAACUCACAUUGGUGGAGUAUAUCGAUCCAGCAUGGGUGAAAUAUAUGUGGUGGAUUUACUUCAUUGGUUUGAUAUGGACCUCUGAAUUCAUCAUGGCAUGCCAGCAAAUGGUCAUUGCAGGUGCUGUAGCCCACUGGUUUUAUCGACAUAAGUUCACGGACAAUUCGCAUGUUACUUAUGGUUUGUCGAAACUUAUGAAGUACCACUUAGGUUCUGUCGCCUUUGGUUCUUUUAUAAUCACGUUAUUCAAGAUUCCAAGACUUAUCCUGACCUAUCUCCAUGAAAAGUUGAAGUAUCAAGAAAAUAAAGGCAGCGAAUGUGCUUCCUGUUGCCUCAAAUGCUGCAUAUGCUGUUUUUAUUGUAUGGAAAAAUUCAUUCGGUACUUAAACCACAAUGCUUAUACCGUAAUAGCCAUCGAUGGAGUAGGAUUUUGUAAAGCUGCUGGAACUGCUUUCGAAGUGUUAACCUCUCACGCCCUACAAGUAGCUACAAUAAAUGGUUUGGGAGAUUUCAUUCUAUUUUUAGGAAAAUGCUUUGUGACUGCAUUGACGGGUUCCGUAGGUCUCCUAAUAUUCAGGAAAAAUACGGAACUGACAUUUUACGCCGUACCUACUUUGGUUGUUUGUAUUUUCGCCUUUUUCGUAGCUCAUUGUAUCCUCAGCUUGUACGAGAUGGUGCUCGAUACGGUUUAUCUCUGUAUAGCUCAAAAUGGAGAAGCUCCCGAUGGUAUUCAGAUGCAAAACAUGGGUGUUACCUUCGCAAGUAACGGGAAUACUACAAAUCCUGCCAGUGAAUUAGAGCCCAUAAAAUAAGAAGGAAAGGUUCAUUAAUCCAAGAAGUCUUCUACUCUCUCACAAGCACAAUUCUCGAAUUUAAGUAUUAACAGUGAAUUCCAUUAUUUUUAGGAGCUACAGUACUAUUGAUCGAAUAGGAAUAAUGUCGUUUGAUAAACUAACAGAAAUUUGUUGUGAGUACAAUAAUAAAUUCUAAAACGAGUUGCAGAAUGUGCUUUUAUUCCAACAUGAAUGCGAAAUUCGAAAAUGAGCGAGAUUUUGAAGGCAUGAGUGUUGGAAGUGCCUUCUGCAACGAGUAUUAGACGAUAUUUUCUCUAUUUCAGUCAAGUUUUGUGAAAUAUUGUCGAAAUUCAAUGAAAAAUUCAGAUUAUACAUCCUAGUAACUUUUGUAUUGUAUCUUGGCAGUUGGUGUGACUGUUACGAAAAUUGACAGAUUACGGAAUUUGAUUAGAAUCGUACGUUUCGAAUUUUUAAAUAAUUUAUAAUUACUCAUUAAAUUCGUGAAAUAUUUCUGACUAAAUCGAUUUAAAACCACCAGAAUCAAGAGAAAUUGCGAAUAAUGUUGCAAAUCAUUUCACUAUAUCCAAAUUAUAUCAUAUUGACAAUUGACAUGUGUUGAAAUUUGACAGGAUUGGAAGUCAGUGUAGACAACCACAAAACGAAAAAUAUAACUGAAAACGAUGCUGUAAUGAGUUCAUUAGAGCACUGUUUUUAGAACUGUAAUGAACUCAUUACGAUACUGAAAUAGAGAAAUAUUAUUAUUGUACUUUAUCAGGUGCAAAUUGAUGCGCUGAGUUUUAUGUACGAAAAAUUAUUCGAAAAUGAUUUUUUCAUUGUAGAAUGCACUUGAAAUUGUUAUUAGUUUAAUUGAAUCACGAACGUUCUGAGAAUUUAUGUACAUAAGUGGAUAAUUUUAGUGUUCAUCUCAAAUUUUAACGGACUUUAAAUUUUUUUAAUUCCCAGUUUCGGAUAAUUACUAAUAGCUUGUGAAAUAAUUUGAAUAAUUGGUUAUAUUCCACAGAUGUUUUUUUAUUCAUAUCUCAAGUAUUUUAUUGAGAACAAAAUAUAUUACCAAAUAAGUUGAUGGCCAUACAAAUUUUAUCCUAACUUUUAAUCUUGUACAAAAUUUUAUGAUUCGUCCCUGUAUUAACAAAAAAGAUAUUUUGAACGAAGCACAAUAUAUUUCUAUACAAAAGCAAAUAUUUAUACAAUAUUUACAUUUUAUUAUCUUUGAGCAAGUAGUAUUUAUAUUUUUUAUAUGUUCUUUAUUUAAUUAAAUAAAAUUAUGUAUUGUCA